AUCGUUUUUGCACAACAAUGUUGCGACUGUUCUUGUUAGUGUUUCUUGUGGUUAUUAUCGAUGCAGGAGAAUUGGAUAGGGUACAUCCAAAAUUUCGACCUGAUUACAAAUACGUGGCGACCAUAGGGGGCUGGAUGAAGAUGCAUCGCGUACCAACAGACUGGCGUGACGCCCGUACACGGUGCCAGCUCGAAGGUGCUGACCUUGCGUCUCCGUCGGAUGACCUGAUGCUGAACGCCAUGUUAUUCAUAAGCAAAGAUGCCGUUGGUGUCAAUUGUGGCGUCUACACCGGCAUUCACUCUUGGUUCUCCAAGGGUGAUUUUACCUCUAUUGAUGGUACUCCCCUGUGGAAGAUGCCGGUUGAACUUAGCAGUUCUCAGAUGUGUUCUCGAAAGAUACCGCACCCUUGCACAGUUCUUUUUCCUUCUGGUACAAAUGACGCUGUGGAUUGCAACCAACCUUAUAUCUUCAUUUGCUAUAGAAAGUAUAAUAAGGAGAUUCAUAAUAUUAAGAGUGAAUGCGGAACUAAUGAUCCUGAAUAUAAAUAUUACGAAACACCAGGCCGAUGCUACAAAUUCCAUCUGCAACCUCAAACCUGGCCAGAUGCCUACAAGAUCUGCCUGGCUGAAGGAGGACAUCUGGCUAUCGUAAACAGCGAUGAGGAGGUUAAAGUCAUAUCCAGCAUCUUUGAGCUGCAUCCUGCUAAUACCAUGCUGUCGAAGUGGAAAGAUCACUUGCUUCUAGGAUUCAUUCUAUUUAAUGAAACUUGGAAUACUAUACAUGGGCAAAGUCUUCACGAGGCAGGUUUUGCGAGCUGGAAGGAAGGACAACCUAACAAUUGGCCCCAUCCCGACAACUCUGGUCACCUUGACCUUUAUGGUAAUAACCAGAGCUGCGGUUCAAUGGUUCGCGGCGGUCUUUUAGAUGAUAUUUGGUGUGACACUCAAUUCGCUUUCAUAUGCGAAAGACCUUUACCGGAUGUUGCAAAGUGAACCGUUUUCAUGUGAAUGAUGAGGAUGGAGGUCGCAGGAAGCUUUAUAAAUGGUAGGUUCUGAAUUACGAAACAUAUAAGUCCUUUAUAAAUUCAGAAAAUGUUUGAAAAAACAUCAACUUUUUUAAUUUUUGUUUUUUGCGAUGAUUGUUAUAUGAAC